AUGGGUUGGGCUCGGCUUCGCGGUGAAAACUGGCACUGCCGAUGUGGAAGCAUCUCCAAAGCGAUGGCUGCCGAAAAAGAGCUGUCGGAAGUUGCUCAACGAGUCUUUGCUCUGUCCUUGCCAGACCAGCCGAGGGCUUCGCAAGCCGGCGUUAAGGGCCUGGCCCUUCCGGACGAAGGCUUCGUUCUCACGGCCUUGCGUUUGGCAGACGAUGCGGGAAGCCUCUUCGGCCGCCGACACUGGAUUUGGCAGUGGGGUCUUCUUUUCGCCGUGGAUCUGGACCUCUCCCUGAUCAGGUACACCUACAUGCAGUGGGAUGCAGCCUUCGCAUCCGGAACGGCAGCUAUGCUCAUCGAGGUGUGGGACUGGCUCACUUCGCUGGGCCUCUCGCAGGAGCCUUCGUUAUUUCUGCACAGCCGCGCGCAGCGGCUUGCAAAGGAGCUGGAGAGUGUGACGCCGCCCAAUCACCGGAAGGACGACAAGGACCGUUUCAGGGAGCUGCAGGGAGAGCUCCGACGUCGACUGGAGGCUUCCUCUCCUUCUGUAAGCUUGCUUCCGCCGCGUGAGUUCAUCCCCGGAAGUUUGUCAUCGGGGUGCUUGAGAAGCCUAGUUCUCUUGCAGUCACUUGCGAUGGCAAUGAAGGUGCUACUAGCGGUUGCUGUGCCCGCUGUCCUUGCAGCUACUGCAGAUGAAGAGGGCCAGCCUUUCGUGGACAUGCACAGGCUUGUUGGAAUCGAGUGCGGACAGGUACGCCUUGCCGCAUCCCAGGCAGAUUGGGCCCAGGAGUUGGCCGGUCUUCAGGAGGGAUCCUGCGAGUCAUUGGGCUUCACGGAGUCCCGUGGCAACAGAGAGGUCACCCUUCCUCUGAUUGGCAGCCUGGGUCUGGGUAUCUUCCGAAAGCCUGACGUGCUAGGAAUCGCACAACAAGUCGGUGAUCAACUCAACGGAAAGCCAGCCUCGCGAGGCUCGGCCUGCUGCACAACUUGUGCAGACCUGGAAGAGAAAUACGUCGCAGAGACCGCUGCAACCUGCCAGGAGGCUUGCUUGAGCAUUGCAAAGCGGAUGAUCCUCUCCGUGUCGGGCCUGCUGGAUCCCGCUUUCGUUCAAGCACAUGGCCGUGGAUGUCUCGAGCGUAAUUUUCCAGUUCUCAAUGCGACGCUCACGAAGGGCAUGGACCCAGCAUCCUUCAGCUGGGACGUCUACAGCCGGCCGCCGGCGAACACGGUGAUCCUGCGCAAGGUCGCCUUCGGAGUUUGUGGUCAGCUGCCCUUGUCCACGACCGAGGCCCAGGCUUCCGUGAAGCUUCCGAUUGGCCUCGAGGAGGGCAGCUGCGUUGCGGCUGGAUACGCAGAGGAUGCCGGAGAGCAGGAACUCCCGGGCUUGCCUGGCAAGAAGCUCGCUCUGUUCCGCAAGGCAGGAGACCUGGACGUCCUCGAUGGCCUGCACAUGGUUUUUGCUGCCCUGACGCAGGACACAGUGACCAUGUUCAAGGUAGCUGGCGACCUCUGCUCCGAGGCAUCCAUCGACAGGAAGUUUCAGUCACCACUGCAGAGCUUCGGGCAGUUUGAGCUGGGCUCAUGCAAGGAGCACGGUUACAGCAUGGCUGCUGGUUCCCAGUCCUUCAGCAUUCCGCUGGUCACAGAGAUGCAGGUUGCCCUCUAUCGGAAGGCAAUCCCAGGCGUCGGGAUCCUCGUCUGA